AUGAAGCGAGCUCGUUCCCUGCCACCGGAUCGUAGCAACAGCAGCCACAAGCAUCUCAAAGUGGUAGACUUUGUAAAGGCACCGUUGUUUCUGGAGGACGUAGUCAUCCUCUUCAGCCGGGAAGAGUGGGCUUUGCUCAGUGUCGCUCAGAAGAAACUCUACAGGGACGUGAUGAUGGAAUCCUUGAGACACCUGGACUUCAUAGGCCAGCUCCUGGCACAUGGCAGGGUUCACACAGGAGAGAGACCCUACGAGUGCAAGGACUGUGGCAAAGCCUUCACUCGGGCAGCUGUUCUCGCCGUCCAUACAAGAAUUCACACCGGGGAGAGACCUUAUCCGUGUGAGGACUGUGGGAGGACAUUCACUCAGUGGGGUCACCUCAGCGUGCAUCGUCGCAUUCACACGGGGGAGAGGCUUUACGGCUGCGAGGCGUGUGGCAAGACCUUUACCCGCUCAGCUCUCCUCGCCGUGCACAGAAGGACCCAUACGGGAGAGAGACCCUACGCGUGUGAGCAGUGUGGCCAGACCUUUACGCAGUCACGUCGUCUCGUUGCUCAUCGAAGAAUUCACAGCGGAGAGAGGCCCUACGCAUGUGAGCACUGCGGCAAAACCUUCCGAGAAUCAGCUACAAGAAGUCACACGGGAGAAAGGCCCUACGCGUGUGCGGAAUGUGGGAAAACCUUCAAGGACCGCGCCGUCCUCCGUACACAUAGAGUUAUCCACUCGGGAGAGAGGCCGUAUGGAUGCAAGGCCUGCGGGAAAACGUUCCUUCGAUGUCGAGACCUCACGUCCCAUACACGAAUUCACACGGGAGAGAGACCUUACAAAUGCCUCUACCCUGCAGGCACGCUGCAUGAAGGGAAGGAAUACACGAGGGUCUUCACUGCACCCUCCAGGCCUUCCUUCACGCUCAGGAGCACAAACAACUAA